AUGGCCUUUCUGGCACAAGCAAGACAAGUAGUCAUGGAAAACCACAGUAGGAAGCCCCAUGGCGUGAAGGACCAAUCGGUAACCAAGCCCAUCUCUUUAGAUGGCAGAACAGGUGAAGUAAUUGUUAGAAAGUCUACAGGAAAAACCAAGAUACGCAAAGGCCAGACAGAAGAAGAAUACGAGCAGCAGUUGCAACACUAUUUCCAAGUUGAAAAGGGCCCUGUACGGACAGAUAUUGGCUGGAUGGACAAAGUGGAUCCUCUGACCCAGAUACGAAAUGGCGAGUAUGACGUCUCCAAUAAGCACCAGCGACAAGUACUCAGUGGAUUCUGCCACCGUUUCUACUACCAACGCAAGUAUGAGCAAUGUCUGGACCUCAGCAGCUACUUGUUGGGGCUCUUCGAACCCUUCAACGUGAAGAACAAAAUGAAGCGUGAGUUAGAAGAGUUGAAAUAUAUGAUCGAGCAGUGUCGUAAGCAGGUGUUAUAA